CAAUCGAGGCGGAGAAUCAGUAUCGACUGCUACUUCCUCGAGUACACAUCGAAACAAAUCGAAGCAAUGGCUCCCAAGACGAGUGGAAAGGCUGCUAAGAAGGCUGGAAAGGCCCAGAAGAACAUCUCCAAGGGAGAUAAGAAGAAGAAGCGCAAGCGGAAGGAAAGCUAUGCCAUCUACAUCUACAAAGUGCUGAAGCAAGUCCAUCCCGACACUGGGAUCAGCAGCAAAGCCAUGAGUAUCAUGAACAGCUUUGUGAAUGAUAUUUUUGAGCGUAUUGCUGCCGAAGCUUCUCGUUUGGCUCACUACAAUAAGCGCUCCACCAUCACGAGUCGCGAAAUCCAGACAGCUGUGCGUCUUCUUCUGCCCGGAGAAUUGGCCAAGCACGCUGUGAGUGAAGGCACCAAAGCCGUCACCAAGUACACCAGCUCCAAGUAAAUGGAUACUCUUCUGCCGCUGACCCAUGCCAUCGAGAAAAACCCAUCUCCUUAUGGAAAAAUGGCCCUUUUCAGGGCC